CACGCCAGGAAAGUCCUACCGUUGACCCAAAAUGAUAAACUUCAGCUUGCCCUUUCCUGCAACUCAAACGAAUGGAGAUCCAGUUUCAAUUUUCAAGGAGAAACAGAAAGAUUUGUAUUCAUCAGAGGCAUGUCGGAGGGAAUGAGUACCAUCUUUGCCAAGCUUUUUGUUUUGCUACUAUUACUGUCAUCAAAUUGUAGCAGCAGCAGCAGCAGUGGUGGGAUACGAGAUGGAAGUGAUCAGAAAGAUGCUGAUGAUUUUUCAUGUAUGAUGCGUUGUAACACCGCCGGAGAUGCACACCAUAUCCAAUUAAACUUCAACCAUUCGCAUGGAAAAGUUACUCCCAUAGAUCUCGAUGAUCAUUAUCAAAAUUAUGUGGCCAUCCAAAAUCUGACUUCACACAGGUUACCAAUUCUAUGUACUGUCACAAAUUAUGAAACUGCAGUCUCCGCUGAAGUCAACGCCUUUACGAGGAGAGUCGAGGCAAACAUAAUUUGUGCGCUGCCAGCAAAAGAUAAAGCAGCAAUGGGAAACGAAUCCUCAACAAGUUACAUGUCUCGUCAUAUGUAUGAAAUUGUUCGUGAAAUUGCCAGUCUAAUUGGCAACUAUAGGUGGUUAAAGCCUGGAAAGAUAGUCUACGAGGAGUCUGACAGAAUUAGUGAUUUAGACAUCGUCACUUUCAACUUGAAUAACCGCCAUCCAACACAAAAUGAAGAUGGGAUCAUUCAAAUGGCUGCAACUUUAUCGUUUCUGACGUCAAAGCCAAUGAACUAUUACACUGAAUUAAGCAUUGCCGUGCCAGUAAGAUCUAUUCCCAGUCAGUUUCUUAACAUAAGUCACGAUGAGAAGAACCCCAAGGAAACAGAAAUAACAGGGUUUUGGGUUGAUAUUUUUAAAGAAGCUACUUCAGUUAUGCCAACCAAUAUUACCUAUAAACUGAUUCCUUUUUACGGUUCUGAUGAUCAAUUGUUGAAGGAACUUUCUCGCAAGACUUUUGAUGCAGCCAUUGGCUUAGCAGUAAUUACGAAAGAACGGUCUAAGCUGGUAGAAUUCCCAUAUCCAUAUUUUGAACUUGGCCCGAUGCUAGUGAUGAAGGAAAACCCUGAAUUGAACCAAGUUUUUUCAUUCAUGAUCCCUUUCACCAGCGAGAUGUGGUUUACUUUGGCAGCAAUGGCGGUCUUUAAUGCUUUUGUUAUUUGGUUAGUUGAAUGUAGAACUGGUCAUGAAUCUGGCGGUUCACCAUUUAGACAAGUUGCAGCAAACUUCUGGUUCCCUUUCACAACUCUCUUCUAUGGAGGGCAUAGUGAAUCACCAAGGAACAACUUGACUUAUUUUGUGUUGGCCCCAUGGUUCAUCUUGAUUCUGGUUGUUUCUUCAACCUAUACGGCAAGCUUUACUUCCAUGAUAACAAGCUCAGAGACCAAGUCGUCAUCUUUUGUUGAUAUAGAAAAUCUCAAGAAAACAAAUGCUAUUGUUGGUUGUGAUAUGGAAGAUUCGAUUAUGGUCCACUAUUUAGUGGAGGCCGUUGGGUUCCAAAGAAAGAAUAUCAAGCACAUUGCUUCAUCAUCUAUUGAUGAUUAUGCAAAGGCUCUAUCAAGUGGAAAUAUAAAGGCUGCAUUCAUUUGGGCACCUUAUUUGGGUGUUUUCCAAGCAAAAUACUGCAAAGGCUUCAAAGCUUGGGGUCCAAAAUGUGAUCUACGGGGUUCUUCAAUUAUUUUUCCACGAGGUUCUCCAUUUGUUCCAGAUAUGGCAGAGGCGAUGCUGCGGUUACGAGUGAGUGGGAAAUUCGAUCAAAUGAAGAAAGAGAUGUUAUCUUUUUCCCGUUGUUCGAGUUCAACAAUUGGUGGAACCAUAAAACGAGGAAUAGGACCCGGACCAUUUUCAGGUUUGUUCAUUCUGUCAGGCUCGACAUCUGUAAUUGCAAUGGUAAUCACAGUUAUUGGACUAAUGAGGAGGCGUUGGGAGAGUUUCAUACAAGGAAUGUUGAUGGGCAGAGGACUUUGGGUGUGGCUGAGCACUCUGUUUUCUCAAAACCAGAGGGGAAAUCAGCUGGAGCUUCAACCGGCAAGGACUAGUUCCACUUCCCCAACAUAGCUUACCGCCUCAUAGCGUCAUGAAUUUAAAUGACGAUCACAUUAGGUUGCAUUGAUUUAAUAGAUACUACCGAAUUUAAUUACAUGAUUUGC